AUGAUUGUUCGCCAAUUGACUUCGAAAUAUGAGAGUGAAACUGAGAUGAGUGACCAAGAGAAGGACGAUUUUGAUACGGAAAGUAAACUUCAGUUGCAGCAGUACUUUGAGAAAUUCAAACAGCUUGAGGGUUAUGAGAGACAAAGGCAGGAGAUGAUGAAGGAGAAGCUAAAAAAAUGGUCUUCUAAUGUUCCUUUCUUCUCGCGAUCUGUAGAUGAUCUAGAGAGCUUCCACCAGGCUAACAACCAGUUUCGGGACGGGCUUCUUCAGUGCUUGAACAUGUGGCUAAUGCAGGUUUCGGAUAGGUUGUCCACUAUACAGCAAACACGGCUUUCGCGCCAAAGACACCUCUAUGCGAUCGAUUUCAAUGCUCAGUUGCAUCUGCCCCAGGAGAUUCAUGUUUCACAAAGUCCGGUGAUAACCACUACGCAGGAAGAAAUAAAGCAGUACGAGGAGACGAUGUCAAAGCUUUCACAAGAGCAACUACAAAUUUUGGCUACGGAACACGAGGAGAUUUUAAAUAUGAAGAAUGAGGAGUUACGCAAGGCUGAACAGCUUAGAAAGACUGCAGUCGAUAUUGCAUCCUUGCAAAGCGAAUUGGCGACACAUUUGCAAGUACAAACGCAAAAUAUCAAUACUUUACUAGACAAUCAAAUUGAAGUGGAGAUAGAAAUGCAAAAGGGUAACAAACAACUAAAACAAGCAAACAAGAAGGGUGACAAGCUUGCUAAUAUGGUGAUGUGGUUUGCCAUUAUUUGCGGUCUUUUGUUAUUAUUCUUUGAUUAUAUAAAUUAA